UACGAUGUCUUGUUUACAUAAAGCGUUCAAAAGUUCGCUCAUUUCGACAUAGCCGAAGAUGAGAUUGAAUUUACCAUGGUCGAUCAAAAUGUGAAUAUUUGUCGUGUUUGUGGUGACGACAGCUUACAGCACUAUUUAUCAAUCUUCGAAAAGGAUUAUGGAACAACUUACGCUAAUAUGAUAGCAUUCUGUUGCCAGCUGAUGAUCACAAUUGAUGACGGCUUACCAGGAGUUAUAUGUUACACCUGCUGCACUCAGCUGAAGGAAGCGUACACAUUUUGUGUGAAAUGUCGCAACACGGAAGCGAACUUCCGCUUGAGCAACGAACUGAGCCAAGAACAGUGUAAUGCGGAAGAGCUACCGGCUAAAAUUGUCGACGCACUUAUAGAACUUCCAGCCACCAAACCCAAGAACCCAAACGAAAUAUUGGUGGAUUUGAUGGAGCAAAGCGAGGAUGAACUGUUCGACGAAAUCAUUGAAGAGGCUCAUUUUACCGACGCCGACGAGUGCCUCAACGGAAAUGGCGAGGAAUUUGUUAGUUUACAAACUUCUUUGAUUACGCUUCGUCAUAUUGAAGAGUUGCACGGAAUAUGCGCGAACAAGAACGUAAAAGUGGAUGGUCUAUUGCAAGAGAGCACUUUUGUCUCCGACAAAGAAGACAUCGAUUCGGACGAGUUGACGAAUGAUGAUAGCAAACUAAUUACCUCUACCUUAGCAAUAGAUGAUACAAUUGAGCCAAUGGUAGAAGAGAAUGCUCCAGGCAGCACGUUGAAACAUCCAACCAAAACGAUCUUGGCAUCAAAUCGAAUGAGAUCAUUGCAGGCUCUGCCUCCUGAGGAAAUGAUUGUUGAACGAGAAGAUCACGGUGAGUAUCAGGUGAUAUUUUACAGUGGCACAGCUUGCUGUGGAUGCAGGCAGUAUUUUUCGAGCACCGAAGCUUUGGAAGAUCACUGCAAGCAGGAGCACCAAUUCGAUGAUCCGCCGGGUCCCCACUAUUGUCCUCUAUGUUAUAAACAGUUUAGUGGUUUGCGUUAUCAAAUGCGACACUGUGAGCAAAGAACCAUUCCAAAACUGUAUUUCUGUAAGCUUUGCGAAUAUAUCUGUCGUGAGAGAACGACCAUUGAUCGACACAUGAAGUCAUCAGUGAUUCAUAACAAGCCUAUGAUGGACUUCGAUAAAGUGAAGGAAUCGUUCGAAGAGGUUCAAGUCGUGGGGCCCAUGUGCUGUGAUUGUUAUAAAAUGUUUUCUAACAAAGGGCAGCUAGCUAAUCAUUACGGGGAUGCUCAUCACCCGGGUAGACCACGUUCUAAUGAUGAAGCGCUUGCCAAUGGUGCUGUUGGAUGGUGCGAGAAAUGUCAUCGCGUUUUCAAAAAUAAGCACAAAUACGAAGCACAUCUGAGAUACGCUAGUCUGGAUAUAAUUUACCGUUGUAAGCACCAGUUUUGCAAUUAUCGCACCGCCAGCAUUGUCCCCGCGAGGUUACACCUUCGAAGUAAGGAUCACAAUAAGUUAGCUAACGAAGAACGAAGUGACGAGGCUGAAAAGAACACCACCCAGGAGUCUGGCGAACGUCGAUGCUGCUUUCGAAUGUGCCAAGAGGUCUUCAAAUCACAGCAAGCUUUGUUGGAACAUGUUGAUAAAGUCCAUCAAGCCAAGCAGCUGGAGAAUGAGCUGCGUCGAAAAAAGUCAAGUAACGUAUGCUUGAUCUGCAACUGUAACUUCGGCUCUCGGCGAGCACUUCAACUCCAUCGGCAGUCAAAGUUGAAGGAGUACGUGUGCGAAAAGUGUGGCUUGGCGGUGGGAUCGUUGUUCCAGCUCCGUCAUCACACGAAACAAGUACACAACAAAAUUCGACCGCAACGGGACUUCAAGUGCGAAGAAUGCCCUCGGGCGUUCGCGAGUGCGGUAAAUCUCCGCAGGCACAAACAGCAGGGACACGAAGAUUUCGUUUGCACAAUCUGUGAGAAGCACUUCAAAACAACGGAGGGUUUGUGGCGUCACUGGCGAAUGCACAAUAGCGUGGAAAAAUAUGAAUGCGAAUCCUGCAAGAAGGCUGGAAAACGAUACACAUUCCGCGAUGUACAUUCACUCAACAGACACUACAAGAUUUCGGAGAUGCACACCGGCCUUCGGAAGUACAAAUGUUCCUUCGAGGGCUGCACACGCACUUACGCUCACAAUCCGGACCUCAAGAGACACGAACUGGCAGCUCACCGGCGGAUACUUCCGUUCGCAUGUCAGUUUUGCCAGAAAGGAUUCAUUAGAAGCAGAGAACUACGGUUGCACGAGCGAACGCACACGGGAGCGAAGCUGUACAGUUGUGAAAACUGCGGCGCUGGAUUCAAUGUUUACCAAGAGUUCAAAAGACAUUGCAGCGAGAAGCACGGGGUUUCUACUCUGAUUCCUCAAGGGAGUAAAAAUUAGGUCCUAGUGAUGUUCCUCUGGGAGACUGACAUAAAGUUACCAAAGCUUAGGCGUUUAGAAUUUUAUUUCUAGUUUAAUAAUAUUCUUUUUGAAUUAUUUGUAUGUUUUAGUUUUAGCUGACUACCAGACCAGCUGUUGAGUUAACGAUUCUUUCCAUCAUCCAAAAUGGUUCGAAAAUUGCAGUGUCAAAAUCAGAGUGGUGGAAAAGUGGCUGCCUGCUUGUUUGGUAGUAUAACUAUUGACUAUUGACUCCGUUUUGAUAGUCAUGCUAUGUUUGAAGAAUUUCAUGACUUUUAAGUCACUCUGUACUUCAGUGGAGCUGUCGCAUGUCAAAAAUAAAAAAAAUUAGUAAAAUAAAAUGAGUAAAAAAACUUUUUAGGUUAAACGGUUUCCUUGUGAUUCAACAUAAUAAUACAGAUAAUAAUAAUUAGGCAAGUAGCAGUUAGCAGUUAUCAUACCCCUUCCUUCAUUAAUCAAGAACAUUGAUGAGACUAAAAUAAAAUCGCGUAUGUUACAAACAUACAAACAUGUUACAGGGCAAGCUAAAUAAAACCGUUUAACAAGAAUCGCUCUCUAGCCGUAGUUUGGUGCGUUUCGAAUCUUUAUAUUUAUAUUUGUUUACAACAAUCAACAGGUUGAAAAAACCCUAAUGAUCCUCUGAGAACUAUCUUAUUCUAACUUGCUGGAGCUUAGGGAGAAGGUUCCUUUUUAUUACAUCCCUCGUAACAUUAAAGUCGAUGAGUUCGAUAUGUUGAUUGAAUACACGAGCCAUUCUUGCAACAGGCUCAUGGUAAGCAUAGUUAGUACGCGGUGCAGGAAGGCGAAGAAAAUCGAAAUUUGGUAUAAUUUCUUCUUCGGGUGUUGAAGUUGAUCUGUCGUAGUAAAUCCGGGCAAUCGAUGUUUCCUUGGUUGAGAUCAAAAACAAACGGAACUUUUGCUGUAUUACGUCGUUCACUAAGCAAAUUCAAUUCUAUGAGAUUGCAACGAUCCUCGUAGCUAGGGAGAUUCUGAGAAUCAUUCCAGGGUAGUCGACGUAAAGUGAAACGUACAAAUUUGCGUUCAAUGGACUCAAUUCUCUGGAUGCUGUUUCCGUAAUACGGAGCCUAGUGAUCCCCGAUAAUCGUUCGAUUAAUCGAUUAAUCGAAUACUUCCUACAGAAAUCGAAUAUUAAUCGAACGAAUACUGCGUCACCUAUAAUCGAAGCGAACGAAUAAUUUACGUCGAUUAAUCGUUCCAAGCCCAGCGAUAAAAAAAACGUACGGCCGCUACAGUUUUAUCCUGAAAAUCAAUCAUUAUUUUUGACGCUCCCCCCUCCUCCAAUGCCGUCAACGCGAAUUGAGCUUCGUUUACGAGGUUAGGGGUGCGUAAUAGAUAAUAAUUGUAUUUCAGGCGGAAUGAACACUUUUGAUUCCAGAUGGCUUUCUAGCAAAUGAGAAAUAUUAGUCUAACUAAUUAUUUCCCUCAGUAUGACGAUUAAUCGAUUAAUCGAUUAUUUGGGGCGAUUAAUCGUAUCGAAUAACAAACUGCUGAAAAAUAUUCGAUUAGCUGAUGAACGAUUAAUUUCAAAAAUCGGGGAUCACUAACGGAGCCCGAACUACGGAUGAGUACUCCAAGAUAGAACGAACCAAAGAACAGUACAUAGCUUUGAGGCUGUUUGAGCGAGAACUAAGUAAUAUCAAAACAACAGAACCUCCAUGUUGUGGAUCGCGUUUAGGGAAUAGUACCAUCUCGUUCAUUCGUACAGGUUUUAUAGUCCAUUUCGUUAGCACAUAUGAAGUACGGAGAAGUGCUAGUAUUUGUUUUCCGGUCAGCUGUGCUCUGUACAUGUAUUAUGGGAAAUAGAAUAAAAUGUUGUUGUAGACGGAUCGUGUCGCUCGCUGGUGAUUAAUUCACAUAUCAGAAUCUAAAUAAAAUUGUUCAUUAUCGCUGAAAUAAAAACGGAAUAUUUAAAACAAGUGCCCGGAGUGAAUCAUUCGUAUAACGCGCGAACAUUUUUGGUCCUUCGAACCGGAUAAAUAGUGAAAAGCUAUUCCAGAACACUUGUUUGAAUAGUAGUGAAAUUGGACAAAAGAAAGAAGAAUGAAAGACUGUACAUUGUAAGAGGUGACUGUGUGCAGUGCUCAAAGGAUAAAGAAGGAAUUGUGGUUAUCGAGAAUUGGAGGAACCAUUGCUGCAAUAUUUUAUCACAACGGAUUUGCGGAUUAACACCUGAUACUGCAGUGGAGAAGUUGACCAGACGGGUAUCCUGCGAUGGAAGCAGAGAAGAAAGAACCAGCAUUGCAGUUGUUU